ACUUANUUUUCGUGUAAUGACCGUUUAGGUUUUGUUUAUUUAUUUAUUGGUUUUUAUUAAUAAUGCCGUUAAGAGGUAAUCCAGUAUGUUUAAAAUGUGAAACAAAUGAAUCCCCUUUGUGGACAAAUGCAGAAAAUUUGGGUGCUAUUUGUUUGGAUUGUGUUAAUGAAGCCCGAGACAGCUUAAAAAAUGAACAGGAAGAAGAAUAUGACGAUAAACAAGACGGAGAACAAAAAUCCAGCAAAAAGAAAACCAGGCUAACGCGUUCUUAUAAAACCAGACUAAAUCCUUUUGCAAUACCAAAGCUAGGUACAUCUAAAGGGAAAGGUAGAAGGUCUAUGUUUAAGAAGGCUCCUAUUAAAGCUCCAGAUUCAGUUGCAACUCCCAUUACAGGUCAAAGCGUUUUUUAUAAGGGUUCGUAUUUCCAAGUGGGUGAUAUUGUAUCAAUGAUUGAUGAAGAAUUUAAUUUAUACUAUGCACAACUGAGAGGGUUCCUAGUUGAUCAGUAUUGUGAAAAAAGUGCUGUUGUCACUUGGCUUUUACCAACUAAAGAAAGUCCUCCUCCAGAAGAAGGUUUUGACCCAGCAACAUAUGUAAUUGGUCCAGAUGAAGAGUUGCCAAGGAAACUAGAAUGUAUGGAAUUUAUCAUGCAUGCACCAUCUGAUUAUUACAAAGCAAAAAAUACUCCCUACCCACCCAUUGAAGCCCCUGCUGAACCUGGAUACAUUUGGACAAGUCUUCAUUCUAUCCAUAAGUAGAUUUUAAAAUUUCUAUAUUUUAACUUUAUACAAAAUCAUGUUUUAUUCCGAUACUAAAGUAAUAAAAAUAAUAUAAUAUGUAAUUGUUCGCUUAA